AUGCCUGCUGCCUCUGGCAGCCUCUCUUGUGCUUUUGGGCCUCCUGGGUUGAGAGAUGUAACGCAGCUGUUGUUGUUUGAAGAUGACAGUUUCUUAAACAAGAAAGAUAAACCUAUGGUGCGGGUUGUUCUCAAAUAUCGACAUUGUGAUGGGAACCUCUGUAUCAAAGUAACGGAUGAUGUAGCUUGUUUGCUGUAUAGAACAGACCAGGCGCAAGACGUAAAGAAGAUCGAGAAAUUCCACAGUCAGCUAAUGCGACUCAUGGUGGCUAAGGAAUCCCGCAGUGCUGCCAUGGAAACAGACUGA